CCUCGCCGACCAACGACCUCAAGGCAGGCGUUGUAUCUGCAACCACAGGGCCGCCGUCAGCUCGAACGAAACCGAUGCAAGUGAAGCGGGUGACAUUGACAUCGAAGAAGAAUUGGUGGAUGGUGGAAAUGGACGAGGAGGACGAAGUCCAGCCUCUGAACAACUCAAUAAACUCUUUCUCCUCAUCGGAAGAAACAGCCGUCGAACAUGAACCAGCCGUUGUCUACAAGGAAUACAACCAUGGAAUCGACGAGCAGGUCGUCCACCACCACCACCAUCCAUCCCACAAGGUCGAGGAAUCGCCACCACCAUCGCCAGUAUAUCACCCUUCGCGGCACCCCAAUUCCAUCUUCUCGUUCCCAACACCGACGGCCUACGCAGCGCCCCCCAAUGCGACGGCCAGUUUAACACCAUUCGCGCACGGAUCAGCAUCAGAAUUGUUCAAAUGUGUGGUGAAGAAGCCGGAUGUCAUUCAGCUCGAAAUCAAUGGCGAGAUGCAGUCGAAUGCUUCAGAUGUGACCGUCCAGUUCCUGGCUGAACUGCGGGUGUACACAACCGUCGCUCGACAUCGCAAUAUCUGCGCUUUCUAUGGCUGCUUGGAGAACGUCGGGAUCGUGCUGGAGUAUCUCGAAUGCCGGACGUUAUACGAUGUGAUAAUGGCCCGGCCUCCCUUAACCCUCGCUCAAAAGAUCGACUAUCACAAUCAACUCCUCGACGGACUCACACACCUCCAUUCAUAUCGGCUAAGUCACGGUGACUUGUCGUUACUGAACGUCCAGGUCACAAGGGACUCCAACACCAUCAAGUUGCUCGACUUUGGGCGUUCGGUUUCUGCGGAUUCGGACUUCAAAUCGCCUCAUGAUGAACCCGUCGAUCCGUUCCCCUACCUCCACAGCCGCCAGCAACCCAAACUUCCCGCCGUCAGGAUCGAACAGAUCCACCCCGGCACCCGACCUUUCUCCGCCCCGGAGAUCCUGCGAGGCGAAUGCCAGGAUCCUCUGCUAGCCGAUGCAUAUUCGUUUGGGAUGAUCCUUGUAUGUCUGGAUCGGUGCGAGUGUGUAGAUGUGAAACCUUGGGAUCAGAGGAAGGACAAGCUACCGGGCGACCUGUUCGAAAAUUGCGAACUGUUCGAGGAGAGGGCGAGGGAGUACCUGAAGAAGUGGAAUGAAGGCAGACGGGCGUUGGACAAGAAGGAUAUGAUACCGGAGGAAAUUUGA